AGGUAUUUACUUGCUUUGUUUUUACUGACAAGUCUUAUGGCUAAAAUUUGCUUCUGUAACAGUCUAUUACCCAGUGCACACACGUGGUUGUGAAAAUUUAGAAUAGCUAUUAAAAAAGCAGUGAUGAAAUGGAGAUAAACAAUGGUUGGUGUAAUUCUAGCUUUGUGUUUAUGUAUCUUAAAACCAUUCUAGUUUCACUAUACAUGUAAGAAAUAGGAAAGUGUCAAAGACCAUUCAGUGAAAUAAAGUUUCGUUUAAGAUAAGAGGCAAAUUACGUCUUUAUUUCUGUUCACAAAGUCCUGUUAAUUUUUUUAAAUGUAUCAAACGUGGCUUUAAAUAUAUGGACUCGUUCAACUGCAUGUAUUUUUAUUACUAAGCUAAGAUCUAGUUUUUAUCGCGGAAUGUGACGUCCUUUCUGUCGGUGCCUUCUCACGUCUUAAUUGAAAUUACAUUGCGCGGAGCAAGCGUGCAGGUGUUCGGAGAUGCUAAUUAAAUCAAAACAAGCUGAGGUUCACGUGGAAAGUGUUCACAAACUGCUGCGCUGAAUAAAAAGACAUCCUCGUUUUAAAUCUGGUACGCAACAUGAAUGGCAGUGGUCCAGCGUAUCCUCUGGCCUCUUUGUAUGUCGGGGACCUGCACCCUGAUGUUACAGAAGCCAUGCUGUAUCAGAAGUUUUCUCCUGCUGGACCCAUCAUGUCGAUCCGCGUGUGCCGGGACAUCAUCACCCGCAGAUCCCUAGGAUACGCCUAUAUAAACUUCCAGCAGCCAGCUGACGCGGAGUGUGCCUUAGAUACGAUGAACUAUGACGUCAUUAAGGGUCGACCCAUUCGGAUAAUGUGGUCUCAGCGUGACCCAGGUCUCAGGAAGUCCGGUGUGGGAAACAUCUUUAUCAAGAACAUGGAUGAGUCCAUUGACAACAAGGCGCUGUAUGAUACCUUCUCUGCCUUUGGCAAUAUUUUAUCCUGCAAGGUUGUCUGUGAUGAGAAGGGAUCAAAAGGCUAUGGCUUUGUUCACUUUGAGACUCAGGAGGCUGCAAAUCGGGCCAUUGAAACAAUGAAUGGGAUGCUUCUGAAUGACAGGAAAGUUCAAAAGAUGGGUAAAAAGGAAUCUGGUAUUGUCAACCCAAAGGACCGUUUCCUGUGGGAAAAAUGUCAGUUCUCCCAGCUUAGGUCAGCAAAUAGGUUUGUUGGCCACUUCAAGUCUCGCAAGGAAAGGGAAGUUGAGUUUGGCUCCAAAGCUAUGAAGUUUACCAAUGUCUACAUCAAGAACUUUGGAGAGGACUUCACUGAUGAGAAACUGAAGGAGGUUUUUUCUGCUUUUGGGAGGACCCUCAGUGUGCGAGUGAUGAAGGACGAGAAGGGCCAAUCAAGAGGGUUUGGGUUUGUCAACUAUGCUCACCAUGAGGAUGCUCAGAAGGCUGUGGAUGAAAUGAAUGGAAAGGAGCUUAAUGGGAAGACCAUCUACGUAGGUCGCGCUCAGAAGCGCUUGGAGCGCCAGGGGGAGCUGAAGCGCAAGUUUGACCAGAUCAAACAGGAUCGCAUCCAACGCUAUCAGGGGGUGAAUCUGUAUGUGAAGAACUUGGAUGAUGGCAUAAAUGAUGAAAGACUCCGGAAGGAAUUUUCUCCUUAUGGUACAAUCACAAGUGCUAAGGUGAUGACUGAAGGUGGCCAAAGCAAGGGCUUUGGCUUCGUCUGCUUCUCGUCUCCAGAGGAAGCAACCAAAGCAGUGACUGAAAUGAACGGGAGAAUUGUUGCGACCAAGCCGCUGUAUGUUGCGCUGGCACAGAGGAGGGAGGAGCGUAAAGCUAUUCUAACUAACAAGUACAUGCAGAGACUGGCUACCCUGAGGACCAUGAGCAACCCCGUCAUCGACUCGUACCCCCAGUCGGGAUACUACAUGACCGUACCACAGCCUCCCACUCGCUCUUUCUACAACCACAGUGCUGUCAGCAACCUGAGACCAGUCCCUCGUUGGAUGGGGCAGCCGCCCAGAGCCCAGGGAUCUUACUCAGCCCAGUAUAUAGGGAGUCCUCUUCCUCGGCGUGGUUCACCAACCAUCACUACAGUUCGACAAGCUUCCACUCAGGCUCCACGCAUCAUAACCUCCUCACAAAAGACGACUCUUCCUUCAGAUAACAUAGGGACGCAGACUGGAGGAGUGCCCAGAGGAAAUCAGUACAAGUAUUCGUCUGGAGUGAGGAACCCUUUGCAUGUUGUUACGGUUCCUGCGCCCAUGACGAGACCACAGGUUGCUCCUGUGGCUGUGGCUGAACCAGCAGUUCACAUUCCAGGCCCGGAGCCCCUCACCGCUUCAAUGCUGGCUGCAGCUCCACUCAUGGAUCAGAAACAACUCCUUGGGGAGCGACUGUAUCCACUGAUUCACGCCCUUCACCCAAACCUGGCAGGAAAAAUCACAGGGAUGCUGCUAGAGAUCGACAAUUCCGAGCUGCUGCACAUGCUGGAGUCACCGGAGUCCCUGAACUCUAAGGUGGAAGAGGCAAUCGCUGUCUUGCAGGCUCACAAGGCAAAAGAGUGUUCUCCAAAAAAGUGAAAUGAUUUAAGGUGUGAACAUUGUUCUAGAGGAGAAAAAAGGUUCUAAGUAUGAAUUUUUGGGAAAAAAGAGCAAAGAAUAAAACUCUUGACAUGUUUAGAAUGAUAGUGAAAUGCUUCUGAAGUUCAAGCUAUUUUGUUGUUGCAGUGACUUUUGUUAGAAGAUAAAGUUUCCAGAAUAUGCAUUAAA